GUCAGUUACAUACUAAUAUUAUAAAUAAUAGUAUAAUUAUUAGGCUAGGCCUACAAGAAUAUUUUUCUGUCUUUUAAUGGAGUGACUGUUUUAAUGGUUCUAUUGCAGUACCGUGGUAUUAUAUUCCUGAACUAUACGUUUCUCAUCUUGGUAGUUGGAUCCAUUUUUGCGUAUUUUUGGAUCGCUGUUUUAUCUCCAAUGGCAUCAAAUGUAUUCAAGCCAGGGCUGUUUUCAGUGGUGUAUAUAACAGCUCCAAGUCAAGAAGUUGCAAAAAAAAUUGCAAGGGGUUUAGUGGAAAAUCAGUUAGCUGCUUGUGUCAAUAUAAUUCCUGGAAUAACAUCUAUAUACAAAUGGGAAGGUAAAAUAGAAGAGGAUUCUGAAUUGCUCCUGAUGGCCAAAACAAAGACUGAGAGAAUUGAAGAGUUGACUUCAUUUGUCAAAGCUAACCACCCUUAUUCCGUGCCAGAAGUUAUUUCAACACCAAUUGAAAAAGGCCAUGAUUUAUACUUAAAGUUCCUCCAUGAUAAUGUACCAGAGAAAAGUUAAUUUAACAUUACUACCAAGACCACCCAUGUUACUUCUGAAUCAGAUAAAACAAACAUCUGAUAAAUAAGGGUCAUUGAUUUAUUUCCACAUCUCCAGUGGAAGUUGCAAUUUAUAAGGUACCGGUAUCAAUAAAUUAACUGAGCAAAAAACUUUUACGAUAUGAAAGGAUAGCAAAAAGUUGAUUAUAAAAAGUAAGAAUAUUGUCGGAAAUA